UGGGAUCUUGCUUUGAGAGAGCAUGCCCAUGUCAAUAAAAAAGAAGAAACCAGCGGAUGUCGCGCUAAACAACAGCAGCAUGUUUAAGCUUGAUCAGCUGUUGUUAGAAUUUAUUUAACAUUAAUUUCUAGUGUCAGCUGAUGUUUGCUGGAGCUACAGCUGUAAAAGCUGCUGGUCAUGAUGUCGGUUUGGAUAUCUGAGAGGGAAACAUGAAGAUGAAUCCAGGAGAUGUCCUUACUGAAUCAUCAGAGCUGAACAGAGGGGAUUGUACGAUGAGGCCCUCAGUAGCUUUUUCCGAAAUGUGGAUUCCAGGAAAAGUGACGGGGCUGCAUUUGCUGUUGGUGGGAGAAUCCAACACCUGAAGGCCAGGGCGGUCCUGGUGGACAUGGAAGAGGGUGUGGUUAACCAGAUCCUGCAGGGCCCGUUAAGAGAAGUGUUUGAUAGCACGCAACUACUCACAGACGUGUCAGGUUCAGGCAACAACUGGGCAGUUGGAAACAUGACGUACGGCUCGGCCUACAGGGAGAAGAUAGUGGAUAAGCUCAGGAAGGCAGCAGAGCAAUGUGACUGUCUGCAGUGCUUCUUUCUCAUUCACUCUAUGGGAGGAGGUACUGGCUCUGGCCUGGGAACCAGAGUGCUCAGCUUGCUGGAGGAGGAGUUCCCUGAGGUGUGUCGCAUUGUCACCUCCAUCUAUCCAUCUGGGGAAGAUGACGUAAUCACCUCACCAUACAACAGUGUCCUUGCCAUGAACAAGCUCACAGAGCACGCUGAUUGUGUCCUGCUAGUGGAAAACCAGUCAUUGGUUGACAUUGUGAACAAGAUUAAAGUUAUGUCUCAUGGUACAAAGCCCGGUUUAAAUAUCAAGAGAAACAGCGCAGUCACCUCUGGACAGGGAGGCCUCAGUGGGGCAGAAAAACCCUUUGAUGCUAUGAAUAACAUUGUGGCUAACCUGUUGCUCAAUAUUACCAGCUCAGCCCGUUUUGAGGGCUCCCUCAACAUGGAUCUGAAUGAGAUUGCUAUGAACCUGGUGCCCUUUCCUCGUUUACACUACCUGGUGCCCAGUCUCACACCCCUCUACACAUUAGCAGAUAUUAAUGUGCCCACAAGGAGACUGGAUCAGAUGUUCAGCGAUGCCUUCAGUAAAGACCACCAGCUAAUACAAGCUGACCCGAAGCACAGCCUGUACCUGGCUUGUGCCCUCAUGGUCAGGGGUAAUGUGCAGGUUUCUGAUGUCCGCAGGAACAUCGAGAGACUGAGACCAUCACUGCCCUUUGUCUCAUGGAACCAGGAAGGCUGGAAGACGAGUCUGUGUUCAGUGCCUCCUGUGGGACACUCCCACUCCCUGUUAGCUCUGGCCAACAACACCUGCGUGAAGCCCACGUUCAUGGAGCUCAGGGAACGCUUUACCAAGCUCUACAGGAAGAAGGCUCACUUACACCACUACCUGCAUGUAGAAGGGAUGGAGCAGAGCUUCUUCUCAGAGGCCAUUGCCUCUCUCAACUCACUGAUUGAAGAAUAUCAUCAUCUGGAUGCCACCAAGGCCAGACUCACGCCUGAUGCACCCAGACUCUCCAUCGCCAGAUGAAGGUCUGCUGUGCUGUGAAUCUGGGAAUCAAACUCAACGUUAUCUAAUUUAUGUCAUGGUCAAAGUGUUCCAAACAUCACUUAAAGAGAACAUCAGUUUAAUCUACUCUAAAGCUUCUAUUUGCUUUUCCAAGCUCCCUGAUUGUUCUGUUAUGAGGUAAUGUUAAAGCUAGUACACUGGCCAUAUUCCUUGUUGUUAGUGCACAUACCUGUCCUGAAGAGUGCUUCAUAAAACCUUGUUUUGUUUUGUUUUUUAAUGAUCUGUCGUUCUUCUUUCUCAAAAUUAGUUUUGUUUUUGUCCUUUUGGAGGUGCAAAACUGUUACUAAGGGAGAAUUAAAGUGUAUGUAUGUUUCAGUCCUUAGUUUCUCACAGCGGGGCUCGCACUACUCUGCGUCUCU